AUGGGCCAGCAUGGAAGCCCUCGUCAACGCAGGACUAGCAAGAAGUAUCGGGGUAGGCAAUUUCAACAUCCAACUUUUGCGAGACCUGCUCUGCGUGACGCGUAUUCGUCCAUACGUGCUACAAAUCGAGCAUCAUCCCUAGCUCGUUUAGAGACGGUUACUCGAGUACGCCCGGGACAAGGAAUAGCUAUCACAGCGUACUGCUCUUUCAGACCGACCAGCUCUGUGGCUGGCAAGUCGACAGCUGCAACUAAAUACACGUCCCUACUGCAGCAUGGACUCAUUCAAGAGCUACAAUCGACAUCUCAGGUUCUGCUGCGUUGGGUGACGCAGCGUGGGAUUGCGAUUAUUUCGAAAAGUAGGGACGAAGAACGUAUGCGCCUGAAUUUGGAUGGAGAGUGGAAGCUUAGGGAUGAGGAGAUUGAGCGGAUUAGUUCUUUGGAUGCGGGAGUGAGGUUUAAUGAUCCUGUUGAUCAUGGGUUUGAUGUUCCGGUUUUUGAAUGA